CACGUGUCGAUUUCACCACACAUCUCGGCUGUUGCACGAGAGUGACGUAGCGUGGCUUGUUCCAAAUAUAGAACCGCCACCAGGGGUUUUCCCAGCGAUAAGACAAAAGCGUUCGGCGAACGUAUUUCACCGACAAUGCUGACAUUGGAGUUUUUUAACAGUUACUUAACAAGGAUGGGUUCAGUUCUUGGAUUUCCCUUGACAGAGGUACAUGUGGGCUUUAACCAAAGACUCCAAGUGCAUGGAUAACACGACGACAAAGGCACAACGCAGUAAGCUAACAAAGACUGGGAAACUACGGCCAGCCAUUGAGGUCAGCUGACACACAAGUGUUCAACUACCGCCACAACAUGGUGUACGACGGGUUUUGUGGCAACGAUCGACUUUGGGAUCUGGACUUGUUAACCAACAACACUUGGCCUGAGUUCACGCCAUGUUUCCAGACUACGGUACUGACGUGGGUGCCGUGUGGGUGGCUGUGGGCCACCCUCCCUGUCUUCCUGCACCACCUCCACCACAUACGCCAGCACUACCCCCUGUCAAAACUCUGCAUCGCUAAAAUAGUGGUCCAGGUGGUGUUAGUGGGACUGGCAGUGGCUGAAGUGGUAUCAGGACAACUGGAGCCGUACAGCAUAUCAAAGACUCCGGCCUUUUAUACGACAGCUGCUGUGCGGCUGGCUACACUGGUCUUGUCCAUAGGGCUGACGAUGCAGUCCCGACGUAAAGGUCUGUACAGCCCGUGCCUGUUGUUCUUGUACUGGUUCUUCUGGCUGUUCUGCGACAUCGUUCCAUUCUACACACGGGCAAUGCAGUGGAAUGAGCGGCCUCGUUCUGACCUAGCACUGUUCUACGUCCAAUAUGCCGUCAUUCUGGUGGAAUUCAUCCUGUGCUGUUUCGCCGACACCGAUCAAAUCAUACUGACCACAGGAGUCGAGGAGAAGAGGGUCCCUUGUCCCGAGACAACAUCGUCCUUCCCCGAGAAGGUCACAUUCGGUUGGAUGCAUAGCAUCAUCUGGACGGGAUGGCGACGCCCCCUGAUGGAGGAAGAUCUCUGGGACCUCCCCCCUCACAUCAAGUGUAAACAAGUCGUCCCAAGGUUCUUCAAGAAUCUCCAAAAAUACUUUUUCAAGUCACACACGGACACAACUGACGAAGUCACACAUGUUCCAAAGAUCCCCGAGAAACAAACUCUCCUGGAGCUCCAGUCUGUCCCACCAGCAGGGAGUACCCUACCACAGAAGGAUGGCCUCCCUGACAUCAUCUACAAGACGUCAACGUUUGAUGACGUCAAGAAUCCGGGGAAAGGCACCUCCUUCCUGAUACUUAAGGUUCUGUUGAAGACCCAUGGCCGGGAACUCAGCAAGGCUCACAUUUUCAAACUGGCGUGUGACGUUAUACGAUUCCUGAACCCAAUAUUGCUCAAGUUAAUGAUCCAGUUCAUCGAAGAAAAACAGAGCGAGACGAUGUGGAAGGGGUAUGGCCUCUCUGUGUGUUUCUUUCUGGUGUCCGUCUCCAUCUCUCUGCUCAACGCCCAGACGUUCUACAUCAGCCACAACAUCGCCGUGAAGAUCCGGACGGGCCUGGUGGCCGCCGUGUACAAGAAGGCCCUGACGAUGAACAACGAGUCCAGGAAGGUCUUCACGACCGGCGCCAUUGUGAACCUCAUGUCCGUGGACUGCAACCGGGUGGAGGGGUGUAUCCAUCAGCUCUUUCAGCUCUGGUCAGCUCCACUCAGCCUCGUGCUGUGUUUCUACUUCCUGUAUCAAGUCAUCGGCGUCUCCAUGGUCGCCGGCUUGGCGGUGAUGGUCGUCAUGGCGCCGCUCAACUAUAAGUUGGUCUUCUACAUGAAGAAACUCCACAACAAACAGCUUAGUAUCAAGGAUGAGAGACUCAAGCACAUGAACGAAAUAUUGAAUGGAAUUAAGGUACUGAAGCUCUAUGCGUGGGAGUCCUCGUUCAGGGACAAGGUGAUGGCUAUCAGAAGCAGAGAGAUCGCACUCAUCAAGAAACUCGCCGUCAUGAACGCCCUCAACGUGUUCUGCUGGGUCGGCGCCCCGACGCUGGUGACGCUGGCAAGUUUUGUGACGUAUGUGUUGAUGUCAGAGCACCAGUUCCUGGACUCGCAGACUGGCUUCGUGGCCCUGGCGCUCUUCAACAUUCUCCGCGAACCCAUGAACGCACUCCCCAUGGCGAUAUCUAACAUGGCCCAGGCCGCCGUCUCCAUAUCCAGGCUGACCAAGUACCUGUCCGGUCAAGACCUGGACCCAGAGACGGUCAAACACACGGAAGAGAAAGAUAAUGUGAUAAGCAUUGAACACGGCCAAUUCAGUUGGGACAGAGAUUCCGACAAGAUACUGAAGAACAUCUACUUCAAGGUGAAGAAGGGUCAGCUGGUCGCUAUUGUGGGUCAGGUUGGAGCAGGCAAGUCAUCCCUGCUGUCGGCAGUCCUCGGCGAGAUGGAGAAGAUCCACGGCGAUGUCCGUAUGAAGGGUUCUGUUGCCUAUGUUCCGCAACAAGCAUGGAUGCAAAACCUCUCCUUGCGCAAGAACAUUCUGUUCGGAACUCCACAUGAUGAGACUAAAUACAGACAUCUGCUCCACGCAUGCUCACUGGAGGCCGAUCUGGAAGUACUUCCGGGAGGAGAGAACACGGAAAUAGGAGAAAAGGGUAUCAACUUGAGCGGAGGCCAGAAACAGAGAGUGUCACUUGCACGGGCCGUCUACAGCGACAGGGACAUCUACCUCCUUGACGAUCCGCUCAGCGCCGUCGACUCCCACGUCGGCAAACACAUCUUCAGAAACGUCAUCGGUAACGAAGGAAUUCUGAAGGACAAGACUAGGGUACUAGUAACCCACGGCGUUCAUUGGUUACCUAUGGUUGACGUCAUCGUUGUCAUGGAUCAAGGGGAGAUAAGCGAGGUUGGCUCAUACGAGGAACUUCUAAACCACGACGGUGCCUUCGCCCAGUUCCUGAAAGCAUAUUUGUUGGAGGGAUCCCAGGAUGUCGGCGAGGACGACGAAUUACAAGAGAUCCGGGCGAAGAUACUCGAGAGAGUCGACUCCGUGACCUCCAUAGGAAAAUCACCUUUGACCCUGUCACCUCACUUCAGCCCGCUGGCUUCUAGUCUCAACUCUCAUUCCAUUUCGUCACUUCCUGCUGCCCCACUAGACAGAGAUAUCAGUCUACAAAGGUCUACAAGUGUCCUCACAGACGAAAAUGAUUGCCCGAAUGAGGAGAGGGCCGGGUCUGUUGCUGAUGACAAAGAGGAGGAGGAAGAAGAACACAGACUCACAGAGGAUGAGAAGUACGAGAUCGGGAGGGUGAAGUUCUCCGUCCUCAAAUCCUACUUCCGGGCUCUGGGUGCGUCUGCGGCUGUCCUCAUCUUCUUCCUCUUCUUCAUCUUCCAAAUCAGCGGCAUUUCCACCAACGUGUGGCUCAGCAUCUGGACCGACGACCCCAGUCUGAAUAACAUCUCCUUGUCCGCCAACGCCACGGAGGUCGACCUAUCAGCGCUUUCCUACUAUUACCUUGGGAUAUAUUGCUUCCUAUCAUUGGCUCAAGCUGUUCUCGUCAUGUUAUACGUCAUGGUGACGUACCGGAAGAUGGUGCGGGCUGCCAGCAUCAUGCACAGGGACCUCCUCGACAACAUCCUGAGGCAGUCAAUGACCUUCUUCGACACAACGCCCACUGGUCGAAUACUGAACCGCUUUACUCGAGAUGUGGACAUCGUGGACAACCAUCUGCCCCGAAUAACUCGACAGUGGUUGGCAACUUUGUUUAACGUCUUCAGCGUCCUCAUCGUGAUCGCCUACAGCACACCCUUGUUCCUGGCGGCAGCUAUACCGACAUUGCUGGUGUAUUUCUUCGUGCAGAGGAUGUACAUCCCCACGUCCCGUCAGUUCCGGCGCUACCACUCCACCACCCGCUCCCCCAUCUACUCCCACUUCACCGAGACCAUCACAGGCGCCAGUUCUAUCCGAGCUUACGACGCCGUCGAACGUUUCUGUGACGAGUCUCUGAAGCGAGUCGACAAAAACAACAUCUUCCACUAUGCUGCGCUGGCGGCGAUGAGAUGGAUGAAGAUGCGACUGGAGUUUCUAGGAAACAUCAUCAUUCUCAGUGCGGCCAUAUUCGCCGUCGUCACGCCAGGCCUUUCAAGCGGCAUCGUAGGGUUGUCCGUGUCGUAUGCCCUGCAGAUGACCGGUACGCUGAUCGCCAUGGUACAGAUCACCACUGACCUAGAAACCAACGUAGUGUCCGUCGAGAGAAUGGUGGAAUAUAGUGAGAUUCCUCGCGAGGCCGCCUGGACAGUCCCCGAUAAGAAGCCGCCAGCUGAUUGGCCAACUGAAGGAGAGGUCAAGUUUGAUGACCUUCAGGUCAGGUACCGACCUGAACUUGACCUUGUUCUGAAGGGUAUCAACUGUAGAAUCAAGCCAGGCGAAAAGAUAGGCGUUGUCGGACGUACCGGAGCAGGGAAGUCGUCACUGACGCUGGCGUUGUUUCGCAUCGUGGAGUGCGCCGGUGGCAAGAUCCUGAUAGACGGUCACAACAUCGCCGACAUGGGUCUCCAUGACCUUAGAAGUCGACUCACAAUUCUUCCUCAGGAUCCGGUGCUAUUUUCCGGCAGUAUGAGAUUGAACCUGGACCCGUUCCAGGAGCACACAGACAGCGAGCUGUGGGUGGCCCUGGAGAGAGCCCAUCUGAAGGAGUUUGUGUCCGGAGUCCCUAAAGGCCUUCAACACGAGUGUGAAGAGGGAGGACAGAACCUGAGUGUCGGGCAGCGUCAGUUGGUGUGUUUGGCCCGCAGCCUGUUGAGGAAAACGAAGAUCCUGGUUCUUGAUGAAGCCACGGCCGCCGUCGACAUGGAAACUGACGAACUCAUCCAGAAGACCAUCCGCUCCGCCUUCCAUGACUGCACAGUCCUCACCAUCGCCCACAGACUCAACACCAUCAUGGACUACGACAAAAUAAUGGUGUUGGCUGCUGGACAGAUCGUGGAGUUUGAGUCCCCCUCGGUCCUGUUACAAGACAAGGCUGGGGUGUUCUAUGGCCUGGCGAAAGAUGCCAAUCUAGUCAGCUGAUGUUGACCUUCACCUUGGAGAGACCACCCUCAUUCUUCAGUAUUGUAAAUACCAUGUCGUUGAUUUUCAAUGAUACCGUUGUACAUUGUUGUGAAUGAGUCUGUAUUGACAGCGUGCAUGAAUUAGUAAAUACUGGUGAUUAGAAAUAACGCAAAUUUGUUAUACGGGUUGAAUGGAAACAACAUGAACAAUAUAGUGGGGUGGUAAAGGAGGAUUGCCAAGAUACCAUUGUUUGUUUGAUUAAGUAGCACUUUUGUUUCAAAUAAAAAAAUACCUCUUCUAGAUAUCUCGGUUGCGUUAGGAUUCAAUGACAUCUGUCUCGUCACAAUACGGCCAAGGUCUUUAUCCCAUAUAUUUUAUACACUUUCCACAUUAACACUAAAGGUUAAUCAUAUACUUCACUUUGCCAUCGUUUUAAUAGUCCCGCUGCAUCGUCACAUUAUAAGUUUUUAGGCUUGAUCGAAAUCAGUUUUUCAGUCGUUGCGUAUCUCAACCAAUCUAUCGGCGUGUUAUUUACUUCACAUAUAAUACAUUUAUUUGUUUACCAAUAUCUUGAUUCUUUCUGAUAUUAUGAAUUUACGGAAUCUACAGAUACGGAGAACUGAUCCUGAUAUUAGUAGCAACCAUCUUGUUUUGCUGUUUGUUUGUUUGUUUGUUUGUUGUUUAACGCCGCAAUCAGCAAUAUUCAAGCCACAUGAGGGCGGUCUGUAAAUAAUCGAGGCUGGACCAGACAAUCCAGUGAUUGACAUCAUGAGCUUCGAUCGACGCAACUGGGACACAAGUCAGCGAACCUGACCUCGCCAAAUCGUUAGUCGCCUUUUACAGUAAAGAAUGAGGACAUGUUCUCCUUGUUUUGCUGAUGGCAUUGUAACUGCAACGUCUUGUUGGUAUUUCUGUGUUGUUCAUAUUUGUUUAUUGUUAAAGAAAUAUCGAAAGCUCAUAUUGAAUUUUGAUAUCAUGUUUGUAUGUUCAUCUCUCAAUGUUUCCUGUACUUACAAUUUGUUGAAAACAGUGAGACAAAUCUGUUCUACUUAUAUUAUAGUCUCUCUUUAUUUAAGUCGUUAUAUGUCCAUAUUGUUUAUGAUUCCACAUCCUGUUUCAUACCAGGGAAACGGUUGGUCCUGACGUCUGAAGCGCCGGAAUUGCCAGAUACUUAUAAUCGUGAUUUUGUUUCAAGGUUUCUCAGUACAAUACCCGUCUAAGACUUGCAUCACUUCAGGAUUUCCUCCCCGCAACAAGCUGACACGAUCUGAUAUAAAUCAAACUCUGUUCAAAUCAACGCUGUUGCAAGCUCAUUGAUUUAAAGGCUUCAAUACAAUGUAUCGCCAGGCAUGGUUUACACUCAACUGUGUACUAUUUAUAUAUACAUGUCUGUUACGGGUAGGGGGAUGAACAGGUAUUUAAUAUGUUCACAUGAUUAUGUUAUCCGUAUCAACUGUUAGUCAAUAAUGCUUGAUUGCCAUCAUGAAAUUCAUAUUUGUCAUGAUGAAAUGUUGAUGUCAAUAUAUAUUUUGUAAUAAAGUGAAUAAUGAAUA